AUGAAGGGGAUUUUGGUGAUAGCUGUGGUGUUACAACUGGUGCUGGGGAGGAAUGAGGACUCGGUGAUGAGGGCCAUGAGCAGCAGCAUCGGAGACAUGGUGCUCGAGUGUCAGGAGGAGAUGGAGUUCGGUAAAGAGGUGAUACAAGAUUUCCUGAAAUUCUGGGAUGACACCGCUGAACUCAACAGUCAAAACAUCGGCUGUGUUCUCGUCUGCGUCUUGGAGAAGAAUGAACUCAUCUCUAAAGAUGGAAAAUCUAUAGUAGCCGCAAACGUGAAGGAAUUCUACAAAGCAGCGGGGGCGGACGAUAUAAUGGCAGACAGGUUAAUAGAACUGCUGCUUCUUUGCAAGCGAGCUACGAAUGCAAUCACCAGUAAGUGUGAGGCCGCGUUUGAGCUGGCGCAGUGCUUCCGAUACGGCAUCGUGCAGCUCCGCUGGGCGCCGCAGAAGGACUACUGGAACCGCACGGAGCUGCCCCCAGGAGCCGAGCCCGAACAGGUGUCUGACGACCAAGUGGCCAGAGCGAUAGAAGCCUCCAAACGACGCAGCAAUGUCAAAGUGGAAACUUAUAGCGGUCUACGACGGCUCUUUGAUUACGUUUUCAAAAAGAGUUAA